AUGAUUUCAUCACAAGUUAGUAACAGGUUUCCCUUAUUUCUAAGGCGUUUGUUGAUUACUCCUAAAAUUUCCUAUCGUUAUAGUUCAACAAUCCCCAAACCAAAUGGACAGAUACCUGACGUUAACACAUUUUUAACCAAAAUUGGUCGAAAUUGUAACGAAUUGAAAGAUGCUUUUGAGAAUAACUGGAACAACCUUUUUCAGUGGGAUUCCAAGAUGUUGAAGGAAAAAGGUGUGAAUAUUCAACAAAGAAAGUACAUAUUGAACCAAGUUCAGAAAUAUCGCAACAACGAACCGAUUUGUGAAAUUAAACUGGGUAAAAAAUCAUUCUUUGGUGGUGAGAGGAAGAGAAAGGCUUUUACUGCUAAAUGGAGAGCUGAAAAUAAAUAA